CGGUUAAGUAACUCCGUGAUCGAGAGCACCUGUCCCGAAGCCGAGAAGAGAGCUGUAGUACGCCGGCCGGUAGGCUCGUAGCUGGAGAGAUGGUGCUCAACGGCGCCCUCUUCUUGCUCGUCUGCGCAGCUGCUCGAGCUGCUGCUUCCGGCGGAGACGGCCCGCUGCUGAACGGUAACUUCGAGUACGCGCCGAACAGGUCCCAGAUGAACGGCUCGAGGGUGAUGGGGAAGUACGCGAUCCCGUACUGGAAGGUGGCCGGCUUCGUGGAGUACAUCGAGUCCGGGGCGAAGCAGGACCAUAUGGUCCUCAUAGUGCCGGAAGGCAGGCACGCCGUGCGGCUGGGCACGGAAUCCUCGAUCCAGCAGCAGCUCAGCGUGACGCGGGGCAAGUACUAUUCCAUCACCUUCAGCGCGGCGCGCACCUGCGCCCAGUCCGAGAAGCUGAGCGUGUCGAUCGUCCCCGGCGACGCGUCCGGCGGCGAGCUCCCCGUCCAGACGGUGUACACCAGCAGCGGCUGGGACUCGUACGCCUGGGCCUUCAAGGCCAAGCAGGGCGUGGUGUCGCUCAUCAUCCACCACGGCGACGACCAGGUGGACGACCCCGCGUGCGGCCCCAUCGUCGACGCCGUCGCCAUCAGAACGCUCAACCCUCCUCACGCCACCCACCAGAACAUGCUGAUCAACGGGGACUUCGAGGAGGGGCCGUACAUGACCCCGGGGUCGCCGUGGGGGGUGCUGGUGCCGCCGAUGAACGAGGACGCCACGUCGCCGCUGCCGGGGUGGAUGAUCAUGUCCCACUCCAAGGUGGUCAAGUACAUCGACGCGGCGCACUUCCGGGUGCCGCACGGCUCCCGCGCCGUGGAGCUGGUGGCCGGCGUGGAGGUGGCGCUGGUCCAGGAGGUGGCCACCGUGCCCGGCAGGUCCUACAGGCUGCAGUUCUCCGUGGGCGACGCCGGCAACAAGUGCGCGGCGUCGCCGAUGAGCGUGCAGGUGGCCACGGCGUACGGGGGCAAGCGCGUGUCGUACGAGUCCCGCGGCACGGGCGGCUACGUGCGCGACAAGCUCGACUUCAAGGCGGAGGGGAACAGCACCCGGGUGGUGUUCUACAGCACGGGCUACCACACCACGUCUGACCGCAGCGGCACGCUCUGCGGCCCCGUCGUCGACGACGUCUCUCUCGUCAGUGUCUCGCACCCACAUGCUCGCCGGUUGCUCCGCUGAUGCGCCUCGCAGGAGCCGGUGCUUUUUUUUUUUCUUGAUGAGUUGGGAGCCCGUGCUGCUAGAAUGUGAGUUUCUCGGGAGAGAGCGGCUCGGAAGUGGAAAAUUGACUGCUGAGAAUGAGAUGAUAGUGGUUGCGUGACAACA